GUAAAAUGAAAACACUUUUCAGAAGGUUUUUCAUCAGUGUUUCUUUGAGUUCUUAUGAUAGGUCCAUUCUCUUGGUGCGCAACACUAGAGCGUGACGAUAAUGCGAAUUUCUAACUUGCUUCUGAAGAACAAAACAAAAACCGCAAACGAUAUGCUAUGCUGGUCACGGUGCAAAACGGUGGAAUAACUGUUUGGCUUCACUUCAGUUUCUGAUGCUGAUUUGAUAAGGAAAUUAUCAGAGGACAUGGGAUAUUGAUAAAACGAUUUUAAUCUUUAAUUGAGUUUUAAAAUUAAAUUACGAAUUUGUUCCAUUUCGUUGAAAUCAGUUGACUUGUGGAUUAUGAUAUCAUUCAAAUUUCGAACAUUAUGAAUGCGUGAAAAAUAAAAUAUCGUCUGCUUGGACGGAAAAAAAGAUUUUCGCCUGUAAAAAAGAUUAUUAAUGGAAUGCUUAAAUGAAUAAAGUUUUCAAGUGGAUAAUCGUUUUCGUCCUAAUAACUGACACAGUAUUACAUGGGACAUGUCAAGGAGUCAAAAACCAAAUAGAACGUUUCGACAGAAGAAGUAUCUUCUCCCUCCUCCCAUCACAUAACGAAGAUUACGUUCCCCCCAUACCGGUACAUUUCAGAAACGCCCAUGGGUUUGGAAGAAAUAUUCCCCCAAAUCGCUCCCGUUCAUCCAGAAGUCAAAACAAAGAUACCGAACUUGAUGGCAGACCAUGGAUUCCUGUCCAAAAUAGUCAGGGAGCUAGUACCGUUAGAAGAGAAGUAUUUUUACGUCCUUCAACCAAUAGAAGAAGAUUCCCACUCAAAGUAGUGGUCACUGAGCAACCAACGUCGUUUGACAUCCCCCUGAGAAAAAGUAUUAAAGUCUCAAAUACAGAUAUUGCAAACCCUUCCAUACAAACUACUGGUUAUAUUAGAGAUGCCAGCUUACGGAAAAUCCCUAAGCCAAAACUGGUAGACAGCCAGCAAGGAAAACGAGCUGAAUCUUUUCGGGAAGUUACCUCACCAUCAUCAAUAAACCGCACCAUCGUCGGUGAAAAAUGGACACCAAAGCGAAUAAUUUCAAACAUUCCAAACAGCAACCUGAGAAAUGUUGCUAAAAACAUAGAAUUAAAAUUUCCACAUUCCUUGAAUACUAAACUUGACAAACAUUUAAAUUACACGGGUAUCAGAUCAGGAAAGCAAGACGAACCUAAGUUAAAUCCUUCUCCCAAUCCUUCAAGUGCAUUAAAUGAUGAUAGUGAGUUUUCCAAGUACAUAAAUGACAAUUUAAAAGCUUAUGACACUUUUUUCUUGCAACCUGUCGAUCGAAUAAAUUUUACGAAAAGUUUGAACUUAACUGCUACUCAAAGAGGUAACAUUGAUAAUCACCAAAUCAAGAAGACACCUUCAAAUCAAAAUUUCUUUUCUAAUGAUAAGAAAAAAGCUAAAAAUACGCCAGAUAUCUUUAAAACACUUGGUGUAGAAUAUGCGGAUAAGGAAGACAUCAGCACUUCAACCCUAUCGUCAAUAUCCGGAAAUAAGGAUAAGGAGCUUAUGAAAACAAUAACUUUGUUUGUGGACGGAAAAGUUGUGGGUCAUAUCCCCCAGAAUAGAUCUAGAAUACUUUAUGAACCAAAGUGGAAUGAUUUAGAAUCAAACAAAAAGACAACUGGCGAGCAAAUUAAAAAGUCCAACAAUCCCUCAGUACAAGAUGUUGUUCCAUCUACGAUGCAAAAUGAAAAUAACAAUGAUACCUCUGUGCCUCUUCUUCGCAAUGAUACUCCCAAAAAAGAGAAUCCAUUAAAUCUGAAAACUAAUUCUUCUAAUUUUGAGAAAACAUCUUCGACAGAAAAUUCAAAUAUUUUCGUAGAUAAUGAGAAACCUCGAAGUGAAAUUUUCCAUGAUAUGAACUUAGAACCCGAUACCAACCCUCAUCAAAUAUUAGGUGCCAAAGAUAUGACCAUCAAUAAAGUUCCCCAAAUCGUAGAAGGCAAAAUAAAGUACAAAGACACUCCAGGAGGUGGUCAAGUCCUGCCCUUUUCAAAAACGCCAUUUUAUGAACAAAAUAAGGAAGUCGGUAGGGAUUUUUCAAAAGAAAUCAAACAUGAUGAUGUUUAUUUCCCUCCAGUUUUCCCCGAUACUCCUUGGAUUGCAAAAUAUCCUCCUGUAACAGCUACAAAGGAGCCAGUUAAAAAUUUACCGGAUGACUUUAUUUUGUUGAAUACCAGUGAAAAAGUAUCGGUUUCUUCAUUUUCACCGGAUAAGGAAAGACUUAUAGAAGUAAACCCUAAGCGUUCAGGUUUUAAUGAAAAUAAGAUAAAUGAUGGAAAUAGAGAUUCUGUGUACGAUUUAAAGAAGCCUGAGAUAUUUAAUGACCACCCGAGCUUAGGUCACAGAUUUCCAACGCCUCCAUCACUUAUAACCGUUAGUCCUCAUGAAUCAGUAACUGUUACUCACGUGAGACUAAAUUUUGAUACCAAGCAACAUAAUGGUAAAAAUAACUCAACGAAUAAUUAUGUUCUAGAGAGGAAACCAUCUUUGUUGCCUGACUUACCAGGAUCGACGCGUCCAAGAAAACCUAAUAUUAGACUUUCUAGUGGAAUGUUGGCUGGUAUUUUGAUAGCAGCGCUAAUCUUUUUGGGAUUUUUAACAGGAACUAUCGUGUUUGCUGUUCAUCAAUUUAAGUUCAGCUCUUCGCGGGGGAAAAAUAAAGACAGACAGAAAAAAAGGGUUACGAAUUUUACCCCUGAGUAUAUUGAUGAGACAUUUGCGGGAAACACAUAUAUUCACAAUAAUAUAUUUCUUCCGAACCCACAGAAUCUUGAAGAUAGAGAUUCUCCCGAACUGGACACUUCAUUUUCAGUGGACAGUGAAGAAACGAUGCCGAUGCCGAACCAUCCAUCCACAUCCAGUUACCAGCGAAAUAACCCCAUCAGAACUAACACACGUCAAAAUGGCGGGGAAUAAAUAAAUAAACGAGGUUAUUUUGGCGAUCGUUCAUCAUGCAUCGUUGCGUUAUUGCUCACGAUAAGUCUGGGAUAAUUUAUCCCGCUGCUUUAAUUCGGCUACAUCUGAUUUUUUCACGUGUUGCCAUCCAUCCGAUGGUAUAUUGUUUCCUUAGUUUGCUGUAAAACGAUAUUUUUGGAGGCGAGAAUAUCUUGACCUACUGCAAACGAUAAUUUUAAAUAAGUGUUUCGCGUGCUAGUGAGAAUUCAAAAACAUGCAACCAUUUUGAAAAUGGCGUGCAAAAAAAAAAAAGGAAUUUUAGUGUUUAUAGGUUGCAAGUUAUUAAAAAUUGAUGUUUCUUCGAUAUGGAAUGGAAAUGUCUUUGAAUAGCUUUAUUGUGUUGUUUUCUUUUUUUCAAUAAAGUAAUAUUAUUUUUA